AUGAAUGAGGCGACAUACACAGCAACAUGGAUUGCACCAGACUUUGAAUUGUUAAAAGGAAAUGAACCUGAUCUGUUCACAAGCUCAUGGUGUGAAAUGGUGCACCCAUCAUCGAAAUGGAGAAGGCAACUUGUAUAUGGAUCUAAUAAGAAAGCCAGCAGAAAAUGUGAUGGUGCAUUGAGAAGAGAAAUUGACUUUCGGAAACAAGGUGAACUAUGGAGGGUAUGUUUAGCUGGAAAAGAUAAAUAUCUUGUUGAAAAAAUUUACAAACUAGAAAUACCUUGGAAGUUUGAAGAUGAUUGGUUUAAGUUGGAAGAUACUUGCAAGAUGUUAUUAUUAAUAGAAAAAAAAACAAUCAGCAAUUUGCAGAGACUUCCUUACAUUGCAUUGUUCAACAAGAAUCACACAUCGGCAAGUGAUGUUUAUAGCAUUGGUAUUAUAAUGGCCAAAUUGGAAACGCCUCCAUUUUCAGGUUAUGAAUUAAUUUCCAAGAUUUCAACGGUUUUGGGACCUGACUUUGUACCUGGUAUGCCUGGUUAUUAG